UAAAAAAUUAAAAUAACCAACAAAUAAAUAAAAAAGUUUAAAAAAUAAAUCAACAAAAAUAAUACUUCAACCAACCAAAUUCCAACUACCAACAAAAGUAUUCCCCAACACAAACACAAAAACAUUCCACUACAACGCCCGUCCGCCCCCGCGCACUGAACCGCAAGCAUGUCCGAGUUUCGUUUCUUUUCGUUGGCCGAUUUCCAAUACAUCAGCAAUGAUUCGUCUCUCUUCACCUUGCCUUUUGCGCUUUCGACGAAGAGCACACCUGCCUAUGACAAUGAGAUGUCCGAUGACUUGAAUGUACCGUAUAUGGUCUUUGAGAUUUUGGUAGCCAUUUUCGCCAUUGUCGGCAAUUUUAUGGUGAUUGUUGUGUUUCAGCGCGACCGUAAACUACGACGACGCACCAAUUAUUAUAUAGUUUCGUUGGCGAUGGCAGAUUUUCUCGUUGGCUCGUUGGGUGUACCGUUUGCCAUAUUGGCUUCGAUUGGUUUGCCAAAAGAUCUGUAUACUUGCCUCUUCACCGUCUCGCUGUUGGUUGUAUUGUGCACGAUUUCGAUAUUCUGCUUGGUGGCCGUGUCAGUGGAUCGUUAUUGGGCCAUACUCUAUCCGAUGGCAUAUUCGAGGAAUGUACGCACGCGCACUGCAAUUAUCAUCAUCUCGUUGUGUUGGGUCGCUGGCACAAUUGUGGGCUUCCUGCCAUUAUUUGGCUGGCACGUAAAACCCGAAAACGAAGCGGACAUGACCUGUCAUUUCGUCAAAGUAAUGGACUACAACUAUUUGGUGUUCCUGUACUUUGCAACCAUAAUUACGCCAGCGCUGCUUAUGUUGGCCUUCUACACACACAUCUAUCGCGUCAUUGUCAAGCAGGUGCGGCAAAUAGUCACCAUGAAUCCGAUGAGCGACAGCAGCCGACGCAAUUCGAAUACACAAGUUCAAGCGGGAAGACCUUGUCAUGGCGGCACGAUGUUGCGUGUUUUAGGUGCAUCACGCAAACGUGAUGUCAAGGCCACACAGAAUCUCUCCAUCAUUGUGUUGUUCUUCAUGAUCUGCUGGUUUCCGCUGUACACCAUCAAUUGCAUCAAGGCAUUCUGCCCGCAAUGUCAGGUGCCGGGGAAGCUGACACUAUUCUGCAUUAUACUCUCCCACCUGAACUCGGCAGGCAAUCCGGUGUUGUAUGCAUACCACUUGAAAGACUUCCGUUUGGCGCUGAAGAAUUUGUUGCUGAAGAUAAUGGGUAUUGAGGUGGAACAACCGGUGGAUCCAAUGCAUCGCUUCUCGGUGGCUAGUCAGCACCGCUUACAUUCCAUCGACGCCAGCAUGCGGCACUCACUGCAGCCACGUAUUUAUAUAGAUUCGCCAAUUUGGUUGCGUCAGCAGCAGCAGACACUCAAGAGCUCGCAGCUGGUGCCCAAAUGUGGCGUGAUCACACCCUGUUUGAACAACAUACACCAAACGGUAGCUGCUGUGGCCUCAGUGCCCACCGAUAUCGGACGUGAUAUGUGGAACAUAAUGGAGGCUUCAAGCGGCGCCGAACUGGAAGACGUCAAUUACGAAUUCCCGCUAGAUAGAAGCUCGAAUACGCCACCAACACCCGCAUCCCAGCAGGAGCGACGUGGCUCCUCGCUCGAUCAUUGCAAUACACCCGAUUACUCAUAUAACAAUUGCAAUUAUGACGUCAGUCCGGAUGAGUCCGAACUAGAUGAAGUCUUCCUGCCGAAUAUCCGCAACAGCAGUGACAGUAAUAGCGUGACAAGCGUGCGACCAAAUGGACAUAUACAUAAUACAGAGCAGCGCGAAAUGAUAGCGGGUGCAAUGCGCGAGAAACUACGCUCCGACGACACAGACUAUCAGAGCCAAGUGUUGAGCAAUCAACGCGCACUCACCGAUUCCUCGUACAGUGACUACGAUGUACAAAAGCAAAGCGCUGGUCAUACGCCACCCGCAAAGGGUCGUUUACUGACCACGUUGCGCCAAUAUCGGCUGCCUCAACAGGAGCUUAGCUCCUAUAAAGCAGCGCCAGCCAUCACCGCCAGCAAUAAUGGUGAAGCUGUUGAGCACAGCGGCUUGUAUUCGCGUUCCGGGUCCAGUCAGUCGGGUCUCAGCAAUUCCGGAGUUUAUGUCAUUGAAAAUGACACGAGCCCCUUGUCGCCGCGCCGAAAGCGUAAAUUUAAGAAAUCGCAGCGUCUAACCAAGAACUCCAACAAGACGGCUGUCGUAGUGAAAAGCACGAAUAGUCAUAGACAAACGAUUUCCUGCACCAGCGACUCGUCGGCCACCACGCCCUCCACAGAACUGGCGAAUGGCGCCGAAACGAGCGACGCAACGCAGACAAACAUACAAACUAACAGCGCCAGCGCGAGUAAUGGCAACAUAGCGCAGCAGCCAGCGCUGCAUAGCGAGGCUAGUCAGCUACCGUUGAACAACAACAAUAACAGCAAUAAUAAUAACAAUAGAAAUAGUAAUAACACUAAUCACAAAUUAAAUGGCCGUGCGACAGAGCGCCAACAACAGCAACCACACACGAUACAUGGACAUCACGACAUGUUCGGGCCGUUGCGCGCUGUCGGUCACCUGAUUUUCCCGCCCCUUGCAAAACAUUCCAGCCUCUUUCAUCUAUUCCAGCCGAGCGUGUCGAACGUGUCCAGCGUGGCGGACACAAUAACAACGUCACGCAAAACGACUGCAAGUGCAACGACAGCUGGCGCGUCUACAACAAAAACUGCCGCCGCUGAAACCGUUAUGACAACUACAACACCAACACAUAACACAGCGCCGUCCACCAAAGCCGCACACAGUGCACAUGAAGCCACACAACCGCACAUCGCUUCGCGCGUCGCCUCGGUGGACGAGUCGAUUUUGACGACAGUCACCGAUUUAACAGAGCCCAUGCCAACGCCACAGUCCAAAGCGCAGCCACCGCCUCCAACAAUAGCUGCAAGAUUUGUAGGUUAGGAAAUGAGAGGAGGAGGACUGAAUCGGGGGGCCACUACUGCCUAGCCACUAGCGCUGGUAUAUACGUUUUCCAUAUUUUCUACAUUAUUUGUAUUUGUAUGAUUUUGUCAAUAAGUAAUUAUAAAUUAUUAAUUAAUGUUGCUAUAUGUGCAUAUAAUGUAUCUCUACGACUAAUUAUAUAAUUAUUUUUAGAGUUAUGAACCAAUACUCAUUCUAAUUGUGCUAGCAUUUUAUCUAGGUCUUAAUUAUUUAAUUAUUAUAUAA